AACAGUUGGUACUUGCCAGUCUGCACAAAAGGGUAUUUUUAUUGCUGAAUCCAAGGCUGAGAAUGUUACAAAAUCCAAGAAAAUCAAAUCACUCGAGUCUAUGAUCAAGAUAUUGGAAGGUAAGUUGUCUUCAGCCCAGAAAGAUCUGGAGGCUAUAUCAAAACCUGUAAUUGGUGGAGAUGUCGAAAAAAAUAUAUCGAAUUCUAGUAAUAUUUCUGUGGUUAGUGAACCUAAUAAAAAUCUAAGUAAAUAUUUUGUACGCAGAAAAAAUAUGGAAGAAGCUGAAAGAAUUGAUAAUGAUAUCUCGACACAAACUAAUGAUGAGAUUACCGAACCAUCAAAAGUCAAUAUUGAGAUCAGCCCUAAGAUAAAUGAGGGAACUAACGAAAUUAGUGAGGAUAUUAUACCCAAAUCUCAAGAAAUAAAAAAUGUGACUCCACACCUUGUACAACGUGAAAAUAAUAUGUCCUCUUUGAUUGAAUCGCAUUCUCAGAUUCCGAUAGGAGGGAUAGGAGCAAUUCCUGUCGUAGCAAGUAGUUUAAUGUCACCAUUAUCGGCAUAUUAG